CGAAAAGAAAACUUGUGUGCGUGCAAAGAAAAAGAGAAGAGGGUUAAAUGAAUUAUCCCUUCGAGGCUGAUCGAAUCUGGUGUGAAAUUUUAAGGUUUCUCAGCGCUCUUGGCUGGGAAGCCAAAUAAUAUUCUACGAGCAAAGUGAGACGGAAAAGGUUCGUACAGCGAAAUAAAAAAUUGGUUCCUCGACUCAUCAUCCCUUUCCUCUAUUCAUCCAUCCGUCCAUCCGUCCAUUUAUUCCACCGUUCCAUUUUUUUAUAUUUUGACGCGGAUUUUCCACCUUUUCCUUUCCUCUCGUAAACAUUAUGGAUCGCAACGAGAGCACGAACGAGGGUGGCAGCUCGCCCGACACGGUGGUCGCGUUCUCCUCGGAGGAGGAGGAGCAGCAGCAGCAGAAGUCAAUUGUGGCCAGCACCUCCGGCGAGUACAUCACUGUGGGUGACAGCAGUUCCAGUCUCGACACUCUGACCAGUGGCAGCGUCGCAAUUCUUUCUUCCAACGCCAACGCGAACGAUCGAAAAAGGAGCAAAUUCGGCGCGUUCAAGAGCAGCUUCCGCGAGGGAAGCUUAUUCAAAAUCAAGAAGAAGACACGCGGAAUCGACGUGUCCUCCUCCUUCGAAACAGAACAACAUGAUAAAGAGGCAUCUCAGCAGCAAUCGCAACGGCUCGAAAACGAGAAAGAGGCGAAAUUGAUGACCGACGUGCUUUCGAGCGCAACUUUAAAGAAAAAGAAAAAGAAGUCACACUCGCUGGUACGCAAGCUAAGCUUGAAUAAAUUUCGCAUGUCCUUGGAACAGCAAGAGCAACGACGUACCCCAGAGGGUGGUAACAGUAGCCGUUCGCAAAGCCAGUCCUCGCAAGAGUCACCCGUUCAUACAUAUAUUAGCGCCACAAAAAAAGAAGACGAUGACGUCAUAGAAAAGGGAAAGGGGAUAAAAGAGGAGCUUAAGAAACCAGAAAAGGUACUCGAGAAACCGACCAAGACUGUCAGCGCAGUGCUACGCAAAUCGCCGCCGCUGACCAUCAAGAGCUUUGCGGAAACCGUUCAACAGGACACUGCACGACAUUCGCAACAGGCUAAUCAAGAUAACGCUUCGCAUUGCGUUAUCUCGACGCUCCCAUAUUCGUUGUCGAAAUGGUCGGAGUCUAGUAAAACGAAGCUUGCGGAGGAUCCAGUGGCCAGGAAAGGCAAAGCGAAGACGAAAUACGAUUCAGAUUCCUCGGAAUAUGUACCGUCGACAUCGUUGCCCGUCGACGUUCGCCGUAAGCUAUCAUUGUUGGAAGAGAAACGAGCGAUAUUUCAGCGACGCUUCUUUGAUUCGAGAUCCAAAGACAUAACGUGCUCAAAUGAGACAGUAAUCGACGCCCGUGACGAUCUAUCGAGCACCAAUAACAACGAGUUUCUUCAACAACGGGAAGAAGAAAGAAAGAAAAAAGCGCGGCAUAUCAGUGUGAAGACUUUUGACACGUUCUCCACUUUCGGUAAUAUUCUCGACGAGGAGGAUUUUUCAGAGGAUUACAGCGAUACAAGCAGCAAUUAUCAUAGACUUUACGCUACCAUGGCACCCAUGCUGGGAGCCAUGGAUCUUGAGUCGUCGAACAAUGCAUCAAACCUCGGCGUAAGCGAGAAACGAGAGCAUUUGUACAAAAUAUUAGUAAUCGGCGAGCUUGGGGCGGGGAAAACAUCUAUCAUUAAACGAUACGUACAUCAAUUCUUCUCCCAACAUUAUCGCGCGACGAUUGGCGUCGACUUCGCGCUCAAAGUACUCAACUGGGAUCCGCACACCAUCAUCAGACUACAAUUAUGGGAUAUCGCAGGUCAAGAAAGAUUCGGGAACAUGACCAGAGUUUAUUACAAGGAAGCCGUAGGUGCAUUCAUAGUAUUCGAUGUGACAAGAAGCGCAACGCUGGAUGCAGUGGUGAAAUGGAAACAAGACUUAGAUUCAAAAGUGCAACUUCCUGACGGAUCGCCGAUACCGUGCGUUCUAUUGGCGAAUAAAUGCGAUCAGCAGAAAGAAGGUCUGGUUAAUUCGCCCACUAAGAUGGACGAAUACUGUAAAGAAAAGAACUUCUCUGGCUGGUUUGAAACCUCGGCGAAGGAAAACAUUAACAUUGAAGAAGCAGCUAAAUUUCUCGUUAACAAAAUACUUCAAAAUGAUCAGGUUAUAAGAGACAAUGGCGUCCAAGACCAGAUGGACAACGAGAGAUUCACAUUGAAUCAAUCGCCAACAAGUUCCAAAAAAUCUUGCAGUUGCUGACGAAUAGGCAAAUCGUUCACAAGUUCGAAUUCUCGGUCACAAUUUUCCAUUCGUCAACCUCAAUGUGUCUUCGUAGAUGCCAUGGGAAUCAUAAUUUUUUUAAUGCCUUACCCUUCUCUAUAAUAGGAAGCAUCUGCUUAUUCUCCAUCUUGUAUAAUGUAUGAAAAUUAUUUUAUCAAUCCAAAUUAUUUUUUACAUACAACAUGAGAAAGUUAUAUUUAAAG